UCGGAGCCGUCGGAAAUGCGGACAUCGAUCGAAGGCGCUCUAGAGCUCCGGAAGGUACGACGAUCUCGAGGAAUCGGCAGAAAGCGACGCGAAGGAGAAGACGAGAAAUCCGUGCAUGGGCCGAGACGGAUCCUGACAAGUGGACGGCAGGCCUCCCGUUUCGCUCCUCUCCCUCCCGGACUCUAUAAUUACCGUCGCUGGCCGGCCGCGUUCAGGAGGGAAGUCGUCUGGGAGAACCGAUCGGAAAAUAUGUCGUCGUGCUGUGGAGGCAACUGUGGCUGCGGCUCCGAUUGCAAAUGCGGUCAAGGCUGCAGAGGGUGCAAGAUGUAUCCGGACACGAGCUACGCCGAGAAGAGCGGCGGUGAGACCGUCGUCGGGGGCUCCGCACCUGGGAAAGAGGAGAAGAUGGUGGAAGGAGAGAAGGGCGUCGCGGGAGCGGAGAACGGGUGCAAGUGCGGGUCCAACUGCAUCUGCAACCCGUGCACCUGCAACAAAUGAACCGUUGCCGAACCGCCACCGCCCUACCGGUCCCUAAUCCCGGCAGCUAGAUCGAGGCAAGAAAGGGAGAAAUAAGGCGCGCGCUUUUGCGCUUUGGUGUGUAGUUUGUCAUGUUCGCGACCUCUCUGUCUCUCGGCUGUAAUGGGUAGGUGUGCAUCUCGUAUGUAUAAAUGCAGUAACCAGUGCAUUUCCGUUGUCUGUUUUGGCCAAA